CUUUCCUGGAGGCAGCCAAGUGAAUGGGCAUGGAGAGCCCGGCGUCGUGGAAGCCUCAGGGUGCGGACUCGCUACGACGCUUCCAGGGGCUGCUGCUGGACCGCCGGGGGCUACUGCACGGCCAGGUGCUGCGCCUGCGCGAGGUGGCCCGGCGCCUAGAGCGCCUCCGCAGGCGCUCCCUGGCUGCCAACGUGGCUGGUAGCUCGCUGAGUGCUGCGGGAGCUGUCGCCGCCAUCGUGGGCCUCUCGCUCAGCCCCAUCACCCUGGGCGCCUCGCUUCUGGCGUCGGCCGUGGGAUUGGGGGUGGCCACCGCCGGAGGGGCUGUCACUAUCACUUCCGACCUCUCCCUGGUUUUCUGCAACUCCCGGGAACUGCGGAGGGUACAAGAGAUCGCGGCCACCUGUCAGGACCAGAUGCGUGAGAUCCUGAGCUGCCUGGAGUUCUUUUGCCGCUGGCAGGGUCGCGGGGACCGCCAGCUGCUGCAGUGCGGGAGGAACGCCUCCAUCGCCCUGUACAACUCUGUCUAUUUCAUCGUAUUCUUCGGCUCUCGUGGCUUCCUCAUCCCCAGGAGGGCCGAGGGCGCCACCAAAGUUAGCCAGGCCGUGCUGAAGGCCAAGAUUCAGAAACUGGCCGAGAGCCUGGAGUCCUGCACCGGGGCUCUGGAUGAACUCAGUGAGCAGCUGGAGUCCAGAGUACAGUUCGCCACGAAGACUAGCCGUAGUCACGACCUCAAAAUCUUUGCUGACCAGCCUGAAGGACUGUUUUUCUGA